AUGAAGGCACUUUUAUCAUGGCCCUUGGUUGGAUGAGCUUGUUUCUUCUAGCAGGUUUAAGUAUACUCAUAAAGACAACACGGUCGUUGACCGUGUCCGAAAAAUGCACAAUGGACACCAAUACUUUCCUAUGGGAAAUAAACCAGGACAAGCCUAAGGAAUAUGCUGUUCUCAUGUAUGAUGCCUUUGGGAAACAGGCUAGCAAUGUUGAAGGAGGUAAUGCCAACCGGCCUGGCCUGCUGCAGCAGUGUCACUCUGCCCACAGUCCUUCCUUCUCAGGACAGUACUGCCAAGUGUUCCUCAAGCAGGGAACCAUUCAGUAUUUUGUGGGUAUCUGUGUCCCAGACUCUUGUGAUGAAGAGGAAGUAGAAACAUUGGUGCUGUACGAUACAUUUAAGAUGGGACACAUAUCCCUUGUACCUCCAUUACCUUCUAUUCUGGUUAAUGAGUCCACUCAGGAGAUGUUUAUGACUCACUGCUUGUCGGACACUGUUGCCCCUGAUGCAUCGGAUGUCGCAUGCCUGUUUAUAUGUUGUGCAAUGCUAGCGAUUCCCCUUGCCGCCACGCUGUUCUCAGCAACAGUGAGGUGGCACCAGAACCAGGCGGUGAUGCCAACUACAGAGUCCGCCUGUUUAAACACGGGCCUCAACCAGUACGGGACCCUGAAGACCAAUGGUUCGUUGGGUAGCGAAGUAAAUGGUAGCACAACAGAGGCAUAUAACGAUACCAGAGGUGGAUCUUCAUGUUUUCCCAAAAGCUGCAUAUAUCAGUGCCUACAGGCCUUCUCCCUUCAGACGACCAGCAGGGGUAUCUUCAGCAGUUCCUCAGGUUUCCCCGAAGGCGGCUACUCUUCCUUGAAUGGCAUCCGCAUUCUGAGCCUGUUAUGGAUCAUGUGCGGACAUUCUGCACAGUUCCCCGUGAUAAACAACCUAGACAACUACAAAGACUGGAAGAAAACCGUAGAAAGAAGCCCUCUGUAUGUGUUUUCUCUCAGUGGACCAGUUUUUAUGGCCGUUGACACCUUCCUCUUGCUAGGGGGUCUACUUAGCGCCAGGUCUCUUCUUGGCUCCAUCCAAAGAGCAGAAGACAAGCUGAGUUUUGGUCUCGUGAUGGUUUACCUCUUCAGGAGGUUCAAAAGGAUCCAGCCGCUGCAUAUCUUCGUGAUGUGUUUCACCGUUGGCCUUAUCUCUGUGGUGCACUGGGGUCCUUACUGGUUUCCAUUCAUAGACAACUUGAUGGAUUGUAAGACUUACUGGUGGGGCAACUUGCUGCUGAUUAGUAAUCUGCUCCCAGUCCAUGAGAUAUGUGUUCCUUGGACGUGGUACCUCUCUUUGGACUUCCAGUGUUACGCCACCACUCCCAUACUGGUCUAUCUCUUCAGAUUGAAUAGAGGUGUCUUUGCAGCCGUGGCAGGAGGCCUUGUGUUGAUGACCAUGUUAGCGAGUUCAAUCGUCACGGCACUUCUACAGCUGCCCGUCUUCCAGCCAUCUACGCUGACAUCAGAGAAUUAUGUCUUGUAUUAUUAUGUGAAGCCUCACACCAGAUAUGGACCAUUUUUAAUAGGAAUCUUAACUGGAAUAUACCUAACGACUAAAAAAAGCCAAGUCUUAAAGCAUAAGUGGCAGGCGGUGUUGGGUUGGUUCUGUUGUCUGUCAGUUUUGGCGGCAUUGAUAGGAUUGGCCUACGCCCUCCAGGGGAUCCCAGCGCACCCUUCCGUGCCACAUGCGCUCUACCAGGGACUGCACAGGCCAAUGUGGGCCCUAGCGAUUGCCUGGAUCAUCCUGGCCUGUGAGGAAGGCUAUGGAGGGUUUAUCAAUAGCCUCUUGUCAUUGUCUCUGUGGGGUCCUCUGGCCAACAUCAGUUUCGCCUGCUACCUGAUCCAUCCCGUCUUCAUCCUGGUCUACAUUGGACUACAGGAGACGCCCAUCCACUACACAGAUGUCAACUUUAUGUACCUGUUCCUCGGCAACGUGGUGCUCACACUCGGGACGAGCGUGGUCUUAACAGUCCUGGUUGAGAAACCCUAUGUCCUCCUCAACUGGAAUCGUAAAGCUGGCCCAGUACAACACUGACGAAAACCAUUAAUCAAAAACCAACUGUGAUAAGUCGUCUUUUAAGCUCUGAACAUUUCUGUCAUAUCGUGAAUAAAAAUGCCACAUUAGUCUGUG